CCUAAAAAGAAGGUCCAUUAUGGCUAAAAUUCAAAAUUAGGUCGGAAAAUAUUCCAUGAGCGAGUUCGGAACACGAAACCUCGACAGGGAUUUUUUUGUUGUGCAACGACCAAUGAUAUCUUGCGUCUCGCUCUAUCGUGUCAUUCUCCAAGCACUUGUCAACACGAGAUGGUUCUGUUAUCGCUGCGUAGUUCAUUAUUUUCAUAUAUUAAUCAGAGGCAUCAACGUGAAUAGUACUUGUAUUCCAAUUUUGUUGCGUUCUGAUAAGUCGCCUUCUGCGCCAGUGUGUGUAAAGGCUAGACUUUCGCGAGUACUCGUUCGUUACGGAACUGCUUGUCAUUAUUUUAUUAUUUUGUCAAAGUAUCUGUGAUUUAAUUAAAUAAAAAAUAAAAGAUGAAGGCCAUCCUCCUUGCUCUCGCUGGACUUCUGGCUGUAUGCCUUCCUGCUUCUGCCACACAAUUUUACUAUGAGGUAGACGGUAAAGAUAUUACAGGCGUUGCACUCUGGGGUGUCCAGGAUAGGCCUGUUAAAGAACCCGGUGCCCCUUACAGGUACCUACCUACUGAAGCUGGCCACCGGUUUGGUUUUAGCCAUGUGAACCCGGUAACGAUUCCCAAAGAAUGGGUGACGAUGCACCGCAACUGCCGAAUGUCGGUGAGACAGCAGAUACAGAUGGAGGUCACCGCCUCCUUGCAGUACUUGGCUAUGGGCGCACACUUCUCUAAGGAUGUUGCAAGAGAGAGUGUGAAACUCUUACUGACUAAUAACGUUCCUACUCCUGCUCUUCUAGCUGGAGCGCCGGCAUCGGCCGCCUCCGUAUCCUUCCGCUUCUCCAUACCCUUCCGCUGCUCCGCAACUUUCCGCUGCUCCAUACCCUUCCGUUGCUCCGAAUCCUUCCACUGUUCCGUUCCCUUCCGCUGCUUCGUAAACCGUCCAGGUUUUGCCAAGAUGUUCUUCGAUGCUGCAUCAGAGGAACGUGAGCAUGCUAUGAAGCUGAUUGAGUAUCUGCUCAUGAGAGGAGAGCUGACCACUGACGUCACUACUUUGUUGCAAGUCAGGGCCCCUGAACGUAAGACCUGGGAAGGUGGAGUAGAGGCCCUGGAGCACGCGCUGCUGAUGGAGAGCGCCGUCACCAAGAGCAUCAGGAACGUCAUCAAGGCAUGCGAGGAUGACAGCGAGUUCAAUGAUUACCACCUGGUCGACUACCUGACUGGAGAUUUCUUGGAGGAGCAAUACAAGGGACAACGCGACAUUGCGGGCAAAGCCUCCACCCUCAAGAAACUCCUCGACCGCCACGGUGCCCUCGGAGAGUUCAUCUUCGACAAGAAACUCAUUGGCAUCGACAUCUAAGCCAAUCAAUAAAACUCUUUUCUAUAACCUCUUUCUUUUGCCAUGUAUUAUUAAAAAAAACACACAUUAUUGUCUAUUACACCUUUUUGACAUAAGUGAAAAAAAACAUCGAAAAAUAAAUAUGGCGUAUCCAAAUAUUGUAAUAGAAUAAAAUAAAUGUAAUCAUGUUCCUUUUUUGCGUUUAAAUUGGAAUUAAAUUGAUAACCAAGUUCACAAAAUACGUUAUUUAGCUACUCCCGUAGGUUAUUGUACAAAAAUAUUAGUGAUUAAGCGUAAUAUCUUCUUUAUAUUUAGAUAACAAAACAUUUAUACUCCACUAUAGUUUGUAUCCAGUCAAUUAUUCGCGCCUUUUUCUGACGUUUAUGAUAAUCGCUACAAAAUUCAAUAUGGCGCCCUGUAACGUUUUUUUAAUUAAAUUAUUAUAAUCGUAAUUUCAUGAACUCUUUGGUAACAAAGGGUUUCUUUACAAAAAUAUGGCUGUUCAUUAUUUUGUUUAAUUAUUUCGUAAAAUAAAGUUGAUCCGUAUAAAAAAGAA